AUGGCAGGUGAUCUGAAGCCCGAUACCACAGGGAAUCCACCUCUAAAUACACCACUGCCACGCGCUACCGGCCCUGCCGCCCCCGCUGAAGCUGCCGGGACAUCGGGCACAGCCUCGGCCGCGCAGCGCGCGUCCACCUUCACUGCUGCCGGCCCCUGCACUCCUCGUCGCUCCGUGUCGCUCAGGUCCGUGCAACCCUGCACUCCGCGCGACGCCAUCAGCGACACUCUAGCGGAGUCGAGUGGCGCUGCAAUGGGUGGCGGUGCGGCGGAGCACGUGGUUUUCCAGGCGACUCAGACGGCCGCGGCCGCGGGUGCUGACGUGGGGGUGCGACAAAAGGGGAGGAAGCGAAACGGGAAGGCGAGGCGUGCGGCGGAGAAGAGAAUCCAAGAGGGAUGCGCGGAUGCCGAGAAACGCGGCGCUGCAGCAGAAGCAGCGAAGGUGGAGCGGUCAUCGGGCUCCGCCCCGCUGCGGCAGCCGCGCUCCGGAAAGGACGGCGGAGGCGGCAGCGGAAAGGCGAGCAGCAGCGGAGGCGGGAGAGGCGGCGGCGGCGGCGGCACUCGCAGCGAUCGCGACGGCGCGAGCGAGCGCGAGUUAAAACGGCCGCGGUUCCAGGCGUGGCAGAUCGACUUCCUGGAGGAGAGCUUCCUGGCGGACUACGCACUCGAGCCCGACCGCAAGCGCGCGCUGGCGGCGGAGCUGGGCGUGCAGCCGCGGCAGGUGGCGGUGUGGUUCCAGAACCGGCGCGUGCGGUGGAAGUCGCGGCAGAAGGAGGCGGAUUUGGACUCGCUGAAGGGAGCGUACGACGAGCUGGAGGACGACUGCGAGUCGCUGCGGUCCGAGUACGAGCUGCUCAAGGGCGACUACGAGGAGCUCCUCGCGGAGAACUCGGGGCUCUACUCCAAGAUUCUGUUGCUCACGCGGCUGGUGGCGAUGCGGGAUCAGGGCGUGGAGCAAGCGCAGAGCGAGCAGCGAGAUGGCCACUCUGGGGCCGUGGCCGGCACGGCGGAGAGGAAGGCGCGCGAGAGCCGCGCAGAGGGCGGCGUGGGCGUGGCGGGCAGCGAGUGCGAGCGGUCUCCCAUGCAUAGCAGCGGCGGCAGCAAGGCCAUGCAGCAGGCGCUGAGUUCGGGGAGCGCAGGGCGGGUGGAGUGGGAGAAGCAGCCAUGGACUGAAGACGACGGCAAGGACGAGCGAGAGACUGGACGGAGCGGCACCCGUGUCGCCACCAACACUGCAAGCACGGGCACACGGACCAGGGAGGGAGGGAUGCGCAGAGGUACGGCACUAUCCCCUCUUGUGCUUCCUGCGUGCGCCAUGGACCUGGCCUUGCCGAGCCCGCUAACUGCUCUACCUGCGGCGUUCCAUGCAGACGCCGCAACCACACAGUCCGACGCGGCAGGCUUUGAGCCCGGCAGUGGGGGGAGGGAGAUCACCGGGCAUGGCAUGCAGGCUGACAGCCCCCCCAGUGGCGGUGUUGCGGUGCUGUGCGCGGACUUUCUCCCGGCUACACACCACGCCAGUGAGCCAGGUGCAGGCAUGGCGGCACUGUCACGGCAAGGCACACUGUCCAUGGGCAUGGAGGGCACGUUCGACGCCUUCACGUCGCUCCUCACCGCUCCUGAUGAACUCGCCUGCGAGCCCUACUGGCCUCAUGCUGGCAGUCCACGCACCCACGCUGUGCCGGACCAUCCUGGUCCAUCACCCCCUUCUGCUCAUGCUCAAGGUGUUGAGCCUGCUGGGCCUGCAGGGGUUGUUGGGGGUGCUGGAACUGCUGGGGUUGCUGGGUCGUUCUCUCCUUCAGCGCCAGUACCUGCUGGAGAGGGCGAUAUGACGCAGGCGUUUUACCCAGCGGCAGGCAGUUUACAGAUUGAAGAGAGGAUUGGCGCACAGCAGUGGGAGGGAGCACCUGAGCAGGUGGCCCCACCGGUGGACAAUGGUGGAUCUAGGCAAGCGGGAGAAGGAGACGCACUGACAAUCGGCGACCCAGGUUUUCAUGUAGACCCCACCGACCGCCCAACUUCACCAUCUCUUCCGUCACCUCUGUCGGCUUCAACACCUUUAGCCUACUUGCCCGAGCCUGAGCCUUUUUCACUGCCCUCAUUGCCGGCAGCUGCCACUUCCCAGGCCUUCCAAGCCACAAUGGCCAUGCCUUACACCAAUGGUGAACCUGGUAGCCCAAGCCGUAGCAUGAUGGCAAUGGCUGCUGCUUAUGCUUCCCCCACACAAGACAUCCCAGCUUCAGAGAGCCUUCGCCACGACCUGCAGCUGCCCCACUGCAUGCCAUCUGGUGACGGUUCAGCUCGUAAGGGCACUGACAUGACCGCCUCUUCUCCUUGCACGGGCGCACAGGGUAGUGGGAGCAUGGCGUACCUGCCAUUGGUGAUGCACGAUGAUGUGCUUACACCCGUGGACAUGCUUCCCCAUACCCGCUACACAAGGAAUGCUGAGGCGGAAGGGGCUGGGCCGUCUCAAUGGCACCAAUCUUUCAAUAGUCAGGGCAUAGUACCAAUAAACCCCGUGAACACCAACAGUGGGCCUUAUUUGCCUGCUGUUAUGAGCAGACAGCAGCAGCAGCAACACGAGGAGGUGGGGAUUGAAAUCCAUUGCAGAAGUGCAGCCAUGCAACCUCUGGCUAGAGGCCAGAUGUGGGAGGCAACAGAGCGUGCAUCAGACUGCGCCCCUUCAGUUGAAAAUGUUCACAAGAACAACACUGGUAUGAUGGAGGUGGGUCAUGAGCAGAUAAUCCCACCAGCAACUGUGCAUAUUAUAGAUAGAGAAGAAGGUAAUAGCUUCAGGGAGGGGAUGGGUGAAGAAAUGAUGUUGAACAACUGGUGGGAUGGCAUAAACAGCUAG